CAACCAGGAGGAAGCCUGGUGAUUUAUAACAACCACGACAAGCCCGUACUUUAGCUGGUGACGCUGUCGAUUUUACAGUGAUAGAAGACAGUACUUGUAGAUCACAUGACACCUUGUGGAACCAGAGGAGUUCUAGUUGUUGAUCCAAUUGAAAUCAGAGGACUUAGGGCCAGAUCGGCAUCGACAUCGCAAGUGUACAUUUUGUUUCAGUAUCUGAAAUGGAGUGAGAACUCGCAGUUUAUCCCGAAGAAGGCUGAAUAUACGUCUGUUGGUGACUCUCCGAGCGAUGAUUUGCAGAGCACACCCAGUCCAAAGGCUGAGAAUAUAAUAUCGUCUGUUGAUCUGGUAUUUGUCGAUAAUGGAGUGAAGCAAGAAACAAGCCGACUGAGAAGGCUCGCAAGGAAAGUGAAGCGAAGAUAUCAUGAAUCGAGAAGAGCAUCCUAUGAGCACACGUACGAUCGACAGUCUCAGGCGAAUUUGAAACAGUUGGAAGUACAGGUGAAUACUGGAAAGGAGCUACCCGAUACUCCAACGACACCGCUGUCGUCAUCUGAUACAUUGUUCCACAGAACAUCUGUGGAACUAUCAGACUUGAAAUCAGAGGAAAUGGAUGGAAUUGAUCCAUUGAGUCUACCAUUUUCUGCUGUUGAUAUUGGAGCACAGGCACCUCAAAAGGUUGAGGUGCUUCGAGAGCAGCAUGAAAUCGAUAGGGUCAAGAAUUUAAAGUAUACUUCGUUCCCACCAGAGGUGUUCUCCUUCCUCGAUAGGUUACAGAAGCAGAAUGUAAAGCACGAGGAUUUCAUCAUUGAUAAAGGCAUAUCUGGUUAUAAUGGGGAUGGAACGUGGUCGAGAGGCUGUUUGAGAGACUUCCCACACGACGAAGAAGCACCGUGUCUCCCUCCAAAGAUACCCAUAGGGAUGGUGGGCGAGGAGUAUUUUGUCUUGAACAAGGAGAACUACAUGGACUACUUCAAACAAGUAUAUUCUACAUGGUGUUGAUCACCAUAUAUUAACGAGGGGCAUGUGUACCUACAUCAGAUACAGAGUAACAAGCAUGAGAAGGAGCUAGACUUAGAGAUAACGCUGGAGCUGUUAACG